UCUACAGACGAAACUAUUAACCGAAACCAAGGCUGAUUUCGCCACACGUGGAAGCAGUAGCACAAGAAAAGAACGGAUCAUAUAUAUUUCAUAGUCAAAAGACUGAUCUCAUCGAGGUAGAUAUCUUUUCCAGGGAGUACGGUUUUCAUAUCGGUACCUAUUUCGUCCGUUUGACCUUCGUUCGCACGUAAGAGAGAGAGAGAGAGAGAGCAUCAGGAGGAAACACCUGAGAGGGAGAGAAAUUGAAGUUACACAAUCACGGUAAAGAUGAUUCUAAUCAGUAGAGUUCUGUCCGUCGUAGGACGCGGGUGUCGGUAUGGAAACUUCUCGCAGGUGUCAAAGUAUUCGACCGGUUUCGAUGGGAAACAUGGGGAUCUUAACGUGUUAAUAAAAAAGUCAGUAUUCAUAUCGCAAUCCACGGAUGUGUUCACCAAUUUAGCGUUAGAAGAUUGGUUCUACCGGAACUACGAUUUUAACAAUCAUCACCUGUUGCUCCUUUGGCGGAACGAUCCCUGUGUGGUGAUCGGACGACAUCAGAACCCAUGGAUCGAGCAUAAUGCUCAGUUGGCGGAAAAGCGCGGUAUCGCGCUGGCCCGACGGAACAGCGGCGGCGGUACUGUCUAUCAUGACAAGGGUAACCUGAAUCUGACCUUUUUCACACCAAAGAGCCGAUACAAUCGGAAAUACAAUUUGGAGAUAGUGACGCGAGCUCUGUACCGGGAAUGGGGCGUGAAGGCUGACAUUAAUAAACGGGAGGACAUCGUCGUUGACGGCGUGUACAAAGUAUCCUUUAAUGUGUCUGGUACUGCAGCAAAAUUAGGACAACGGAACGCAUAUCAUCACUGCACGCUAUUGGUCGAUGUAAACAAAUCGGCAUUAAACUUAGCGCUCGAAGCAAAAGAGGAUUACAUAGACACUAAUGCCACCGCAUCUGUACGGUCUCCAAUAAAAAAUUUAAUAGAUGUGAACUCACACAUAAGCAUGGAUAAGCUUAUUAAUGCGAUUGGCUGGGAAUAUCUUCGUACGAAGGCACUGGUUUUAGAAGAUGGUGGACAAAAUCAUAUUCAACAACAGAAAGGAUUUCAGUACAUCAAUCCAACUGAGGAUUGGUUUCCAGGACUCAACAAAUUAGUAAACCAGUUCCGUUCUUGGGAAUGGAAUUACGGAAAAUCGCCAAGAUUCUCUGUAACUCGUGUACUGGACCUUGUUGCUCAAGAUGGAAGAAGUCGCCAGUUUAAUCUAACAUUAGAAAUAGAAAGUGGUAUCAUCGACGAAAUUAAAAUGAGACUUCCGGCUGGUUUGGUAUCAAAUGACUUCAACCAAGACGCGAGUGUGAUAACUAAUCUACGUGGUACAAGAUACAACCACGAAGUAACGGAAAAUAUUAUAACCGCCAUUGGGUGUCGGACGGUUACGUUAAGUACGAGUCAAAAAGUAGAUAAAAGUAAUAUGAUUGCUACGCAAUGACCCGACAGCAAUCAUAAUGAUUGUGCCUAAAUUGUUGUAUACUAAACAGAGUUACCAUAUAACAAGCUGUGAGAUUAGUACAGAUUUGUAUAAUAAUACAAUUUUAUUAAAAGGCUUAAUACCGCCGAUUGUUAUAAUGCAUUUAAUAUAUUGUAAUAUAAAUUGUAAUAAGUAUAUUCCACAAAAUAUAUCCCGGUGUUAUAUUGUUACGUUACUCUUAUACGAUGCUUAUAAAUCAUCUGUAUUAAUAAA